GGUGAUGGAGCGUUGGGAGACCCCCUACAUGCACGCGCUGGCGGCCGCCGCCUCCUCCAAAGGGGGCCGGGUCCUGGAGGUGGGCUUCGGCAUGGCCAUCGCAGCCACCAAGGUGCAGGAGGCCUUCAUCGAUGAGCACUGGAUCAUUGAGUGCAAUGACGGCGUCUUCCAGCGGCUCCAGGAUUGGGCCCAGCAGCAGCCCCACAAGGUGGUUCCCUUGAAAGGCCUGUGGGAGGAGGUGGCACCGACCCUGCCAGACAGUCACUUUGAUGGGAUCCUGUAUGACACGUACCCGCUGUCUGAGGAGACCUGGCACACACACCAGUUCAACUUCAUUAGGGACCAUGCCUUCCGCCUACUGAAGCCAGGGGGUGUCCUCACCUACUGCAACCUCACCUCCUGGGGAGAGCUGAUGAAAUCUAAGUACUCAGACAUCACCACCAUGUUCGAGGAGACCCAGGUGCCUGCCCUGCUGGAGGCAGGCUUCAGGCAGGAGAACAUCCGCACGCAGGUCAUGGAGCUGGUCCCGCCACCUGACUGCCGCUACUACGCCUUCCCGCAGAUGAUCACACCCCUUGUCACCAAGCACUGAGCCCACAGGCCACCGGCUCACAGAGCCCCAUCCCCCAAGCCCCUACUCAGUGCCUUUGUUGGCUGGGGGUGCGGGCUCUGGCCUCUCACUGCCCUGGUCGACUCACGUCAGCAGGCUCCCAUAACCUCUGCCACGGGACUACCUUCCCCUCAGGGUCUUGGGGAUGAAAUAAAUACUAACAGUGGGCUGGGCCAGUCGGCAGCGUGA